UCCCAUACCGCUCUCUCUGACGCAGCUCUCUCCGACCUCGCUUGCAGGCUCCGGUACGCCAACGCGCGUUACGGCCAGAUCGCUUGUCAACUGCGUUGUCGCAUAACAAUCACGCGUACGCAUCACGCACAGCGACGUGCCUUCUGGUCUGGCUUGCGCAUUGAUAUAGCAAAGGCUAAAGGUUGUCCUUCGACUGCGAUUUCAGUC